GUUAAAUGAUUGUCAUUUAGCGCUUGAAUUAGAAUAAAGAUAUCUUAUAUUUAUUUUGUGUGUUAUUGCUAUAUUACAGUUGUAACAAAAUGUCGAAAAAAACAGGCCAUCAAACGCCUGCCUUGCAUAAAGUUAUUAUGGUAGGCAGUGGAGGUGUUGGUAAAAGUGCUCUGACAUUACAAUUCAUGUACGAUGAAUUCGUAGAAGAUUAUGAACCUACUAAGGCAGAUAGCUAUAGAAAAAAGGUAGUUUUAGAUGGUGAAGAAGUUCAAAUAGAUAUUUUGGAUACGGCAGGUCAAGAAGACUACGCUGCUAUCCGUGAUAACUAUUUUCGCAGUGGAGAAGGCUUUCUGUGUGUGUUUUCCAUAACUGAAGAUGAAAGUUUUCAAGCUACACAAGAAUUCAGGGAUCAAAUUUUGCGUGUAAAAAAUGAUGAAAGUAUACCUUUUCUUCUGGUGGGAAACAAAUGUGAUUUAAAUGACAAAAGGAAAGUAUCGCUGGCUGAUUGUACAGCAAGAGCAGAGCAAUGGAAUGUACCAUAUGUGGAAACAUCAGCAAAGACUAGAGAGAAUGUUGAUAAGGUUUUCUUUGAUUUGAUGCGUGAAAUUCGUGCCCGGAAAACUGAAGAUAGCAAAGCAACAGGUGGCCGGGCCAAGGAUAAAUGCAAACGAAAGAAGAUUAAAUGCACACUGAUUUAAUACUAUUUAAAUAUACAAAUCAAUCUUAAGAUAGUUGUGAAAUAAAAAGAAAUAAUCACAAAUAUGAUCCGCACAUCUGUGCGUUUUUUAUCAGAAACGUCAGACUUCAAAUAACCGCUGCCAUUUAUGUUAUCUAUAUUUUGUAUAACUUUUCGUUUAUUAUGUACG